AUGGUCACGAAACCUCCUCGUAUUCGUUUUUAUCCGUUCGCAUACGCAUUGUUCACGGAAGAACUCUGUAACUAUUGCUGGUAUUGUCUUACACCUGUGGAGACGAAAAAAAGAUGUCUCGGCUGUGGAUUUGCUUUGUUUUGUGGUAAAGAGUGUCAAACCUUAGGAUGGAAGGAUCAUAAGGCUGAAUGCAAAGGUUUACGAAAAGUCGCAUCUAUUCCUGAUAUUGAGAUAAGAAUGCUUGGAAGAAUUAUGUUGAGACAGAAGGAAAUUACUUCCGGAAAAGACAAGAAAACGGAAGAUUUCUACAAAGAUCGAACUUCUAAAAGAUCUCUGCUUGAAAUCUGGGCGCAUACCGAUUUGAUUCGGAAAGACCACUAUGCAAUGGAAAAAUUCGAAGAUAUCUAUAAACAGCUGGUAGAUUUUUAUGAGGCAAAAUUUAUGCUGCCAAAAGAGGCGAUAUUUGAACUACAUUGUAGGGAUUAUAUCAAUAGACACGCAAUUAGCGAUAGAGGAUAUAUGAAGGAAAUUGGAAAAGGCCUUUAUCUGGAUCUGUGUGCAUAUGAUCAUUCGUGUAGGCCGAACACAAUUUAUACUUGUAACGGAUUCAUAGCGACUCUUAGAGCGCUCAAUCCGAAUGUUAUCAUGGAAGAUAAAACGAAAACUUUUUAUUCGUAUAUUGAUUUGUUGAGUUCACUCCAACAAAGGAAAAAAUUGCUAAAGGACACCUGGUAUUUCGACUGCCAAUGUGAAAGAUGCACGGAUCCGAAUGAUCAUAUCCUGACGAGCAUUUUAUGCCCCAACUGUCCGGUAAAUGAACGAGAAUCGCUAAGUAUUUUUGGUGAUCAUUCUCACAAAAAUGCCAAAUCUGCUGUGAUUACUUGCACAAAAUGUGGAAAUGAAGUACAAAAGGAAUAUGUCAUGGAAGCUAUCGGUGCGAUGCGAUUUAUCGACAAAAUCAUUGAAGAUCAAGAGGUGGAACAGAUGCCAAAGAAGACUCGAAUCGAAUUCCUAGAAGAUUUACUGGAACGAUUCACAAAAAUCCUCUCAGGAACCAACAUCUACCUCUGCAAACUUAUUCAAAAGCUUAUUCCAUUAACUGCUCCGGAUAAUAAUGAGGAACUACUUCGACUACAUUUACAAGCUGAAAGUUGUGUUCGCCGAUGUUUCCCUCACAAUCAUCCUGCUAAUGCAUUCCACUUGAGGAACAUAGGUAUCUUCCUGAAUAAUUUGAAUAAAUGGGAAGAAGCUAUUAAAUACUUCCAGGAAGCAGAUAAAAUCCUGGAGUUUACCUUGGAUCACGAUCAUCCGAUGACUGUUGAGAAUCGCGAACUACUGGAAAAGACGUUAAAAAAUUCGGAAACAACCGAUAAGGACGAGCACGGGAAAUGUCCGGCUACGGAAAAUGCUAUUGUACACGAAUCAAACGUUUCAAACGAUAAAUGUAAUGGUGAUGCGAAAGCUAUCCAGGAAGAUGCCAUGAAGAAGAAGGUGGAAAAGAACGAGAAGAAUCAGGCGAUGACCAAUAAGUCCGCCAAUUCUGAUCAAAAACCUCAAAACAGUGCUGCUGUCCUCAAAAACAGUCAAAAAGUUCUCUAUACGGAUCUCUUCUCUGAUGAUCUUUCUGAUUUACCUGAAUUAAUCCUGUAA